AUGUUUAACGAUUUAUUCUUCAACUUUACAUACGAUGAAUGGACGCAACCUGCAUUAGCAUCUUGUCAUAUAUUAAAAUGGAUUGGUAUUUAUUUAUGUUUUACUUUUCUUUGUGGUAUUGGUCUCAACGUUAUUAUUCUUGUUAUUCUUCUUCAAAAGAAAAGUCAUCGAUCACCAAUUGAUAUAUUCAUUAUUGCAUUAAGUUUUGCUGAUUUAUUGGAUGCUUUACUUGGAAUUCCAUUGACUCUUACAUCUAAUUUGGCUUGCCGAUGGUUAUAUGGUAAAUAUUUAUGUUAUUAUGAAGGUUUUGUUACUUAUUUUGUUGGAAUGGUUGGGCUCUAUUUGUUAACUGCCUUAUCUUUGAAUAGGUAUUGGAAAAUUGUUAUAUCCACAAAAGAACAAUAUGUUACUUAUCGAACUGCUUAUAUAUCAGUAGCUUUAUCUGUACUUGGUGGUUUAUUUUGGGCAUUACCACCUGUAUUUGGUUGGAAUAAUUAUAAACUAGAAGGUGCGCGAACAACAUGUUCCAUAUGUUGGCAAGGUCGAACAAUAAAUAUCAUUAGUUACAAUGUUCUUAUGUUUAUUUUUGCUUACAUUAUACCAUUAAUUAUUAUGGUUUAUUGCAAUAUGUGUAUUUACUUUAAAGUACGCGAAGCUAGUAGAGCACAAAUGACAUGGAAUACAGUUAAAAGUUCAUCGAAAUUGGCUCUGAAGAAACAAAAGCUGGAAAAACGUAUGGCUAAAACGGUUUUUUUUAUCAUCCUUACUUUUACAAUUGCCUGGACACCAUAUGCCAUUGUAGCAUUUAUAUCAUCAUUUUUCUCUCCGGAAUUAAUUCCACCAUUAGGUGGUACAAUACCAGCAAUAUUUGCUAAAUCAUCGAUUUAUUUUAAUCCAUUCGUUUAUAUUAUAUCAAAUUCUUAUGUUCGUUCAAAAUUACUCUGCAUGCGAACGAAUCCAUAUCGAACAACUAAUAGUGAUUCAUUAAAAGACAAUUAUCUACAAUCAGUUUCAUUAAAACAUCUCGAAACUAGUUAA